GCGAGAGGCCCAGCAGAUGCUGGCGGAGCUGGAGCAGCAGCGGACUCAGAGAGCCCUUCUACCAGCGCCGCGGGGACUCUAGCUUCAGGGGCUCUUCGCAGGCCCUGGGCGUGCCCCAGGGACGGGACCCGGCAAAGAUGACGUGGAUCUGUCUGUCCUGCAUGCUCUGGCCAGAGGAUCUGGAGGCCCCCAAGACACACCACUUCAAGGUGAAGACCUUCAAGAAGGUGAAGCCCUGUGGGAUCUGCCGCCAGGUCAUCACCCAGGAAGGCUGCACCUGCAAAGUCUGCAGCUUCUCCUGUCAUCGGAAAUGCCAGGCCAAGGUGGCUGCCCCCUGUGUUCCUCCAUCCAACCAUGAGCUGGUGCCCAUCACCACUGAGAACACACCAAAGAAUGUAGUGGAUACGGGAGAAGGAGCCUCCCGGGGUGGAAACACACGGAAAAACCUCGAGGACAACGGCUCCGCCAGGGUCACCCCGAGUGUCCAGCCCCACCUCCAGCCCAUCAGAAACAUGAGUGUGAGCCGGACCAUGGAGGACAGCUGUGAGCUGGACCUGGUGUACGUCACAGAGAGGAUCAUCGCUGUCUCCUUCCCCAGCACAGCCAAUGAGGAGAACUUCCGGAGCAACCUCCGUGAGGUGGCCCAGAUGCUCAAGUCCAAACAUGGAGGCAACUACCUGCUGUUCAACCUCUCUGAGCGGAGACCUGACAUCACGAAGCUCCAUGCCAAGGUACUGGAAUUUGGCUGGCCCGACCUCCACACCCCAGCCCUGGAGAAGAUCUGCAGCAUCUGUAAGGCCAUGGACACAUGGCUCAACGCAGACCCCCACAAUGUCGUUGUUCUACACAACAAGGGAAACCGAGGCAGGAUAGGAGUUGUCAUCGCGGCUUACAUGCACUACAGCAACAUUUCUGCCAGUGCGGACCAGGCUCUGGACCGGUUUGCAAUGAAGCGGUUCUAUGAGGAUAAGAUUGUGCCCAUUGGCCAGCCAUCCCAAAGAAGGUAUGUGCAUUACUUCAGUGGCCUGCUCUCCGGCUCCAUCAAAAUGAACAACAAGCCCUUGUUUCUGCACCACGUGAUCAUGCACGGCAUCCCCAACUUUGAGUCCAAAGGAGGAUGUCGGCCAUUUCUCCGCAUCUACCAGGCCAUGCAACCUGUGUACACGUCUGGCAUCUACAACAUCCCAGGAGACAGCCAGACUAGUGUCUGCAUCACCAUCGAGCCAGGACUGCUCUUGAAGGGAGACAUCUUGCUGAAGUGCUACCACAAGAAGUUCCGAAGCCCAGCCCGAGACGUCAUCUUCCGUGUGCAGUUCCACACCUGUGCCAUCCAUGACCUGGGAGUUGUCUUUGGGAAGGAGGACCUUGAUGAUGCUUUCAAAGACGAUCGAUUUCCAGAGUAUGGCAAAGUGGAGUUUGUAUUUUCUUAUGGGCCAGAGAAAAUUCAAGGCAUGGAGCACCUGGAGAACGGGCCGAGCGUGUCUGUGGACUAUAACACCUCCGACCCCCUCAUCCGCUGGGACUCCUACGACAACUUCAGUGGGCAUCGAGAUGACGGCAUGGAGGAGGUGGUGGGACACACACAGGGGCCACUAGAUGGGAGCCUGUAUGCCAAGGUGAAGAAGAAAGACUCCCUGCACGGCAGCACCGGGGCUGUCAAUGCCACACGUCCUACACUGUCGGCCACCCCCAACCACGUGGAACACACGCUUUCAGUGAGCAGCGACUCAGGCAACUCCACGGCCUCCACCAAGACAGACAAGACCGAUGAGCCUGUCCCUGGGGCCUCCAGUGCCCCUCAGGCAGCCCCUGCUGCCCUGAGUCCCCAGGAGAAGCGGGAGCUGGACCGCCUGCUGAGUGGCUUUGGCUUAGAGCGAGAGAAGCAAGGCACCAUGUACCACACCCAGCACCUCAGGUCCCGCCCAGUGGGGGGCCCGGCUGUGCCCUCCUCUGGACGCCAUGUUGUCCCUGCCCAGGUUCAUGUCAAUGGCGGGGCAUUAGCAUCUGAGCGGGAGACAGACAUCCUGGAUGAUGAGUUGCCAAACCAGGAUGGUCACAGUGCGGGCAGCGUGGGCACACUGUCUUCCCUGGACGGGGUCACCAACACCAGUGAGGGGGGCUACCCAGAGGCCCUGUCCCCACUGACCAAUGGUCUGGACAAGCCCUACCCCAUGGAGCCUAUGGUCAAUGGAGGAGGCUACCCCUACGAGUCUGCCAGCCGGGCAGGGCCUGGCCAUGCUGGCCACACGGUCCCCAUGCGGCCCUCCUACUCUGCACAGGAGGGUUUAGCUGGCUACCAGCGGGAGGGGCCCCACCCAGCCUGGCCACAGCCAGUGGCCACCUCCCACUAUGCCCAUGACCCCAGCAGUAUGUUCCGCUCUCAAUCCUUUUCGGAAGCCGAACCCCAGCUUCCCCCAGCUCCAGUUCGAGGGGGAAGCAGCCGGGAGGCUGUGCAAAGGGGGCUGAAUUCAUGGCAGCAGCAGCAGCAGCAGCCUCGCCCACCUCCACGCCAGCAGGAAAGAGCCCACUUGGAGAGUCUUGUAGCCAGCAGGCCCAGCCCUCAGCCAUUGGCAGAGACCCCCAUCCCCAGUCUCCCUGAGUUUCCGCGGGCAGCCUCUCAGCAGGAGAUUGAACAGUCCAUCGAAGCACUCAACAUGCUGAUGCUGGACCUGGAGCCAGCCUCCGCUGCUGCCCCACUACACAAGUCCCAGAGUGUCCCCGGGGCCUGGCCAGGGGCUUCUCCACUCUCCUCCCAGCCCCUCUCCGGAUCCUCCCGUCAGUCCCAUCCACUGACCCAGUCCAGAUCUGGCUACAUCACCAGUGGGCAUUCGUUGGGAACCCCUGAGCCAGCCCCGCGGGCCUCUCUGGAGUCUGUCCCUCCUGGCAGGUCUUACUCACCUUAUGAUUAUCAGCCGUGUUCAGCUGGGCCUAACCAGGAUUUCCGUUCAAAGAGCCCAGCCUCUUCCUCCUUGCCUGCCUUCCUUCCGACCACCCACAGCCCUCUAGGGCCUCAGCAACCCCCAGCCUCUCUCCCUGGCCUCACUGCUCAGCCUCUGCUCUCACCAAAGGAAGCGACUUCAGAUCCCUCCCGGACUCCAGAGGAGGAGCCAUUGAAUUUGGAAGGGCUGGUGGCCCACAGGGUAGCAGGGGUGCAGGCUCGGGAGAAGCAGCCUGCAGAGCCCCCAGCCCCUCUGCGGAGGCGGGCGGCCAGUGAUGGACAGUAUGAGAACCAGUCUCCAGAAGCCACAUCCCCUCGUAGCCCUGGGGUUCGCUCCCCUGUCCAGUGUGUCUCCCCCGAGCUGGCUCUUACCAUCGCUCUCAAUCCUGGAGGGCGGCCCAAAGAGCCCCAUUUGCACAGCUACAAGGAGGCCUUCGAGGAGAUGGAGGGAACCUCCCCGAGCAGCCCACCGCCGAGUGGGGUGCGGUCCCCCCCGGGUCUGGCCAAGACACCCCUGUCUGCUCUGGGCCUGAAACCCCACAACCCAGCAGACAUCCUGUUGCACCCCACAGGAGUUACCAGAAGAUGCAUCCAGCCAGAGCCCCGGAGCUAUGUGGAGUCUGUGGCACGGACAGCUGUGGCUGGGCCCCGAGCUCAGGACUCUGAGCCCAAGAGCUUUAGCGCUCCAGCCACUCAGGCCUAUGGCCACGAGACACCCCUGAGGAACGGGACCCUGGGUGGAUCCUUUGUCUCCCCCAGCCCCCUCUCCACCAGCAGCCCCAUCCUCAGUGCUGACAGCACUUCAGUGGGGAGUUUCCCAUCCGGAGAGAGCAGUGACCAGGGUCCCCGGACGCCCACCCAGCCUUUGUUGGAGUCUGGCUUCCGCUCAGGCAGCCUGGGACAGCCCAGCCCGUCUGCCCAGAGAAACUACCAGAGCUCUUCUCCUCUCCCGACUGUGGGCGGUAGCUACAGCAGCCCCGACUACUCACUUCAGCAAUUCAGCUCGUCUCCGGAAAGCCAGGCCCGAGCUCAGUUCAGUGUGGCUGGCGUCCACACAGUGCCUGGGAGCCCUCAGGCACGUCACAGAACAGUGGGCACCAACACUCCCCCUAGCCCUGGCUUCGGCCGGCGGGCCAUCAACCCCAGCAUGGCUGCCCCCAGCAGUCCCAGUUUGAGCCAUCGCCAGGUGAUGGGCCCACCAGGCACUGGCUUCCAUGGUAGCACGGUCUCCAGUCCCCAGAGCAGCGCAGCGACCACCCCGGGGAGCCCCAGCCUGGGUCGGCACCCAACAGGGGCCUACCAGGUUUCUGGCCUCCACAACAAUGUGGCCACCACCCCGGGGAGUCCCAGCCUGGGCCGGCACCCUGGGGCUCACCAAGGCAAUCUGGCCUCCGGUCUCCAUGGCAAUGCAAUAGCCAGCCCUGGAAGCCCCAGCCUGGGCCGUCACCUGGGAGGGUCUGGAUCUGUGGUUCCUGGCAGCCCCUGCUUGGACCGGCAUGUGGCCUAUGGUGGCUACUCUACCCCCGAGGAUCGGAGACCCACAGUGUCCCGGCAGAGCAGUGCCUCUGGCUACCAGGCUCCUUCCACGCCCUCCUUCCCUGUCUCCCCUGCCUACUACCCUGGCCUGAGCAGCCCUGCCACCUCCCCGUCGCCGGACUCAGCAGCCUUCCGGCAAGGGAGCCCAACACCGGCCUUGCCAGAGAAGCGAAGGAUGUCGGUGGGAGACCGGGCAGGCAGCCUCCCCAACUAUGCCACCAUCAACGGGAAGGUGUCUUCGCCUGUCGCCAGUGGCAUGUCCAGUCCCAGCGGGGGCAGCACUGUCUCCUUCUCCCACACUCUGCCCGACUUCUCCAAGUACUCCAUGCCAGACAACAGCCCGGAGACACGGGCUAAAGUGAAGUUUGUCCAGGACACUUCUAAGUAUUGGUACAAGCCUGAGAUCUCCAGGGAGCAGGCCAUCGCACUCCUCAAGGACCAGGAGCCGGGGGCCUUCAUCAUCCGUGACAGUCACUCCUUCCGAGGCGCCUACGGGCUGGCCAUGAAGGUGUCUUCGCCACCUCCAACCAUUAUGCAGCAGAAUAAAAAAGGAGACAUGACCCAUGAGCUGGUCAGGCAUUUUCUGAUAGAGACCGGCCCCAGAGGAGUCAAGCUCAAGGGUUGCCCCAAUGAGCCAAACUUCGGAUCGCUGUCUGCCCUGGUCUACCAGCACUCUAUCAUCCCAUUGGCCCUGCCUUGCAAGCUGGUCAUUCCAAAUCGAGACCCCACAGAUGAAUCGAAAGAUAGCUCCGGCCCUGCCAAUUCAACAGCAGACCUGCUGAAACAAGGGGCAGCCUGCAAUGUGCUCUUCGUCAACUCUGUGGACAUGGAGUCACUCACUGGGCCACAGGCCAUUUCCAAAGCCACAUCUGAGACAUUGGCUGCAGACCCCACGCCAGCUGCCACCAUUGUUCACUUCAAAGUCUCUGCCCAGGGAAUCACUCUGACUGACAACCAGAGAAAGCUCUUUUUCAGACGCCACUACCCCCUCAAUACUGUCACCUUCUGUGACCUGGAUCCACAGGAAAGAAAGUGGAUGAAAACAGAGGGUGGUGCCCCUGCUAAGCUCUUCGGCUUUGUGGCCCGGAAGCAGGGCAGCACCACGGACAACGCCUGCCACCUCUUUGCUGAACUUGACCCCAACCAGCCGGCCUCUGCCAUCGUCAACUUCGUCUCCAAGGUCAUGCUGAACGCCGGCCAAAAGAGAUGAACCCUGCCCCUUGCCCAGGGCCAGUGCCUUGGGGAAGGGGCGCGUGGGGAGGGGACCCGUGAAUCCUGACCACUCUUGAACCCAGAAGGAGGACUUUGGGCCAAUUUCGGAGGAGAGAAGAAAGUGCAACGUGGGGAGAGGGAAGUGAAUUGCAGAGGGGAGGGGGAAGAGAGAGAGAGAAAGAGGGAAAGCAAAGGAUGGAGGAGAAGAACUUGGAUUCCCCUGGGUAGAUGGAAACUGCAAAAACCCAAAGCCUCCAAAACUAACCAGGUCCGCCUAACACCCCCUCCCUACCCCGAGAAGAUGGAUGUCCUCAAAAGAGAAGGAACAAACCUCCUUGGGAAUCCACAAUUUUGGGGGGUGGGUGGAUGGAAAAGCUCUGUCUCCUUAACUCAACUGCUUUGCAAGGGGAAAUCAAGCUGGGAGAAUCUUUUUCUGGCCACCUGUAGGGUAGGUUGUCAAACCAAACAGAGCCACCGUGGGACAUCAAGUGGCAGAACUUGUUUGCUUGAAAGUAUCUCAGACCCAAGGCACCUCAGGUCUCUUUGCUGUGCCUUCACUAUAUUGUCAUGUGGGUGUGUGUCUGCACCCACAUCCUCACACAUUGAUCUAGUUCAGCCUUUAUCCACUUGAAUUAUAAACAGCUCAGCUUGUCCUUGUCCCAUGUGUUUGUAGACACACAUGCAUAUUGUCCAAAGAUUAGGGUUGGCGGUGGCAGGGCAGCAGGGGAGGGACAAACACCCAAGCUGUGGGUGGCAGAGGCUCUGUGCCUGCACCUGCACUCUAGUGGCCCUGGGUGCCGCCAGACCCUUCUCCUCUGCAAAGACCCCAGCAGGAGUGGGAGGGUCUGCAAUGGCAUCACCCUGUCCCGCCUUGCCCAGAAGACUGGAGCUUUGGUUUGGGGAGGUAGAAAUAUGUGUGUCCAUAUGAAGAGAUCUGUCAGAACAGGCAGCUGUUGAGCUCGGGGUGUCUUCCCCAAGGCCUGUGGCUCCGCAGCAAGGAAGGCAAUUUGCUCCUGCUGGGGCCCUGGACUCUGCCUUAGCUCCCACCUCUCAGCCCUGUUCUUGGGUUUCAUGCCCCAGGACCAGCCUUAUCUCAGACCUGCUUACCUGCAUGAUGCCUUUUCAGGGGCUGGGGAUUGAGCCUUCCUGCUCUGCCCAGCCCUGUUCUAUUCUGCAGGGUCCCUGUGUUGGAAUUCACCCUGGGGAACCUGCUUCCUGCUCAGUGAGGCUCAGGGGAGAAACCUGGAGUCCUUAUCCUCCCCUCUGUAAGUGUUUUAGGGUCUGGCUUUUGCAGGCACCCUCUGACCUCAGCAGAGCUCCUGGGGCUGCCACCUGUACACCGUAUCGCCUACCUACAAUGCCAAACCUCGCUGUCACCCUUUCUGCCUUGGUUUCCCCAGCUGAGCCGCACUGCCCAUGCAGCAGAGGGCAGAAGGCUUGCACUUGGGCCAAAGGGCCUAAGGUCCACUGGACAGUUGGGAAGACACCUGACCACCAUUUAAGGACUCUAAGCCAGAAUGGAAAAUUCACCAGGACUCCAUUCUUAAGCCUUUGGGGGUCCCCUAGAGAGAGGCAUUGUACUGAUAUAUAAAUAUUAUAUAAUAUAUACAUGAGACAUACUGACAGAAUCUGUAAGCUAAUAAAAUGUAAGAAAAGGUUAAAAAAAGAAUAGGUAAAUUGACAAGAAGUAUUUAUUGUUUUUCCAUAUUGCUUUAUUGCCUUCCCUGGGUAUAAACCAAUUCCUAUCCCUUUUUACAUAUGUAAGUAAAGCCUAAAGUGUAGGGGGCCUUUGUUCUUGGAGCAGCCAGGGUCUCCUUGCCCUGGCCUUGGCCUUCCCUAGACUGUGUGGGGCUCAGUGUUGGGAGGGGUUGCAUAUGUUCCACCCUUUGGCCCCGUUACUUUUCAGCAAGCCAGGGGCCCAGCAGUCAGCCCCCAGGAUGUGUGGGGAGCUGUCCCUGCCUCUGCAGGCCUGAGCAAGUGUGUGAGCAUGCGGGGACAUGGGUGUGUAUGGCACACAUAGGUGUGUGUGUGCCUUUUGUAUUUUUUCUCCUCGAAGGAGCUGUGUCAGUGUGGACUUUCUAUUUCAGGGAGUUGGAAAGGAGGGUGUCUGCAGAAGGUGGAGAGCAGGGGCAGAGGCCCCACCGGCCACCCCCUGCUUCCCAGAGUGAAACCUUGUGCCUGGUGACCGAAGUCCCUCCAAAGUGCUCUUCCUUCUGAGAUAUUCAAGCCAAAUAUCUGGGUUUCCCCCUCUCCUCAUUCCCUAGCAAACCCCAGUUAUCUCCCAAGAUAGGAGAUAUUUCCCAUCUCCUUCCUUUGUAAAUAUCUCAUCUCCCACUGGACAGCCCAGGAGCCUCCUCCUGGCAUGGAUGUUCUGUCCACACUUGAGGCUGGGCGGUGUAUCAGACCCUUCAAGCAGCCUGGCUGGUGCCCGGGACUGAGUCUGGGGUCAGCUUUCAUAGUCGCUUUCCUCUCCCUCACCACCCACCACAGCCCACCUUGCAUGCAUGACCAGCCCCUCCAUUCCAGCCUGAGCUGUGUGUGCCCCUGUGGGAGGACCCGUUGAUGCCAGAAAGCUGGUAACUCCCUCCCAGCAUCCCUGCGGAAGGAGUCAGUUUCUGAGAGUGUGGCCUUUCAAGGUGAAUGAUGAGAAAGGGUUUCCUAGUCCCCACAGUGGCCCCACCUCUGGGCCCCGCACCAGAGCCCUCCUGUGUCACAGGGAGCUGUGCAGCCAUGCACACACCUACGCACACACACCACUCCACGCACACACCACUCCGCACUGCAGUAUAUUCUUGCCAAAGAUUUCCUUUAAAAGAAAGCACUUUUACUAAUUAUUAUUUUGUAAAUGUUUAUCCUCUUCUGUCUUCUCCCUCCCUCAAUCUAUUUUACUGUUGUUUAUUGUUGAAUCUGUGUGUCAGCCAGGAGAGCGCUGUCUGGCCUUGAACAUGGGCUGGGAUGGGAAAGGGUCUGGGAGAAGAUGGGCAAGAAAGAGCCUGGGAGUCAUGGCCAUCGCAGCGACGCAGACCCCAGCAGGCUCAGUCCCAUGCUGCCGCCAGCUGUCCAGCUGGGUGUCUGGAGGGAACAGGGCAGAGGAGGGUCAUGUCCUUUCAGCUGGGGGAGGGGCCCAGUGAGCUCCAUGUGGCUUUUUCCCAAGGGGAGCAAGAGGGAAGGAUUGGGCGAGAAAACAAUGGAGAGGGGACAAGAGAAGGAAAACAGGGAGGAAGUGAGCGGUUUGAUCAGCCUGCUAGCAUGGUGUUCUGGCUCUCUUAUUUAGCCAGGCACUUGAGGGACAGAUACAUCACAUUCUAAGAUUGGGAAAGACCUUUGAGCCACCUCAUCUGAGCCUCUCCUCCAGUAGCUCUGAAAGCUGUGGACACCAAUGGCCAGGAUUCCUUCUCCCCUGGCUUUUGAGGCCCCCUGGGUCUUCUGAGACUGGCCAGGAGAGGGAUGGAGGGGCCAGUGGUUGUGUGAGAGCAGGAGGGGCAGUCCUCCUGGACAAGCGUGAUGCCCCUAUAAAGGGCUCUUAGGAGGUUGGCGAGUAGGGGAUUCUGCCUUGUUCUGAUGAGCCUGUGCAGGGGCUCCAAGGGAACAUGCUGUCCAGGGAACACAGAAGGGUGGUGAGUGUGAUCAAAUCUAGUCUCACUCCCACUUUUAAUGUCACUCUCACUUUUGUCCAUCACUCCUGCCUCCUGGAUCUUCUCCCACUUUUUUUUUUUUUUUUUUUUUUCCAGUUUUAGGACCUGGAAAGAUCAUGUGAGUCAAGGGAGACACCCAAUUCUACCCCCACACUCGGGGUCCUCCAAGAGGUUAGGGGGCGGAGUCCCAGAGCAGCCCUUUACCCCAGGUCCAGGCCCUGGAAUCCUGAGACUUGCGUUUCCUUGGCCAGUGGUAACACAGGACGUGUGUGUGCAUGUGCAAGUGUGGAUGUAUGUAUGUGCGUGUGUUUUGCUCAUCUCUUUAGGGAACUUGGGGGUAGGGGUUGGAGGUGCUGGGCAAUGGAACUUCAAGUUCAAUGUUGCCCAGCAGUGAGGGGAAUCGGGAGGUGAGGCCUGUAGGGCAACCAGUUGGUGGAGUCUCAGCGAUGGCCCAGGUAAGGAGUGGGCCACCCAGAGGGGCAGGGUGGGGGCCUUGUCCCUCUUGGCCCCUCUGUCCUCAAAUGUCCAAAAUGUUGGAGGACCUCUGUUCAUAUCCCACGCCUGGGCUCUUGCCAGCAGUGGAGUUACUGUAGAGGGAUGUCCCAAGCUUGUUUUCCAGUCAGUGUUAAGCCGUUUGCAACUCUCCUGUGUCUGUGUUUGGUUUGUGCGUGUGUGUGACAGCACAUCAGUGUGUGCAGGCUGCGUUUCCCCAUUUCUCUCCUCCCUUCAGACCUGUCAUUCAGAACAAAUGUAAGAAAUCCCUUCCCACCACCCUCCCUGCCUCCCAGGCCCUCUGCGAGAGAAACAAGAUCACCCAGCAUCCUCCCCCACCCCAGCUGUGUAUUUAUAUAGAUGGAAAUAUACUUUAUAUUUUGUAUCAUCAUGCCUAUAGCCGCUGCCACCGUGUAUAAAUCCUGGUGUAUGCUCCUUAUCCUGGACAUGAAUGUAUUGUACACUGACGCGUCCCCACUCCUGUACAGCUGCUUUGUUUCUUUGCGAUGCAUUGUAUGGCUUUAUAAAUGAUAAAGUUAAAGAAAACUCUG